GUCAAUCUUUCACGAGCAGCAACGAGCUUCCCACCAUGACGAAAAGACUCAGAGAGGAUGAAGCGGGCCCCUCAGUACCAUUGAAGGGCUCCACUCAGCUGCAUAUCCCUCAAAAACGCUUCUACAGACAACGAGCGCAUACAAAUGUCUUUGUAGACCAUUCCCUGGACUACCCGACGAGUCCUGACGAUAUGGACUGGUCGACUCAUUACCCUGCCUAUUUCUCCUCCGACCCAUCGUCCAGUAAAUUUGAACCGAAUCACAAAGUAGAAUGGGCAGAUGUAGGGUGUGGAUUCGGAGGACUGUUAAUGGCGCUCGCGCCAAUGUUUCCAGACACACUUAUGCUGGGAAUGGAAAUUAGGACAGCUGUCACAGCGUACGUCGCGGAUCGAAUCGCAGCCUCUCGACAGGUCCAGGAGACUUUAGCAUCGGAUUCGCCGGACAAGUUGCCUGGAGGAUAUCAAAACGUCUCGGUCAUACGGGCGAACAGUAUGAAACAUAUUCCCAAUUUCUUCGCCAAAGGCCAGCUGUCCAAGAUGUUCUUCCUCUUCCCUGAUCCUCACUUUAAAGUACGGAAGCAGAAAGCUAGAAUCAUAACAACCACGCUGCUGUCGGAGUACGCCCAUGUUCUUCAACCUGGAGGGAUUUUAUAUACUGUCACAGACGUCAAGGACCUCCACGAAUGGAUGGCUCACCAUUUACAUGCUCACCCCUUGUUCGAGUACAUUCCUACAGAAGAGCUUGCAGGGGACGCGAUAUUGGUAGCUGCGAGAACGAGUACAGAAGAAGGUAAAAAGGUGGAAAGAAAUGGAGGAGAUAAGUGGAUAGCAUGUUUCAGGCGGGUCGAGGAUCCGCCGAUAGAGUCUGAGUGACCAAUACAAGUGAUGUAUCAUGUGGUCAUACAUAGCUUAUGG